CCCUUUUUUUUUGCUGCAGUUGUCGUCUGCUACAUUUGUCAGGUCAACCAGUGGCCUGGUUUUAGGAAGUUUCAUGUUUUCUAACAGAUUUGAGUCACUGAGACGGUGUUCUGCUCUGAACAAUGCCUGUUUGCGUCAAGCAGCAUAGUUGUCCAUCGUGUCACAAGAGAUUUUCCGAUCGAGAUCGUCUAACAAACCACCUGGGCAGAGCCCAUGGCUCUGAAGGGUCCAGGACAAUAAAAUGCAACAUUUGCUUAAAAUGUUUUCUCAAUACUUCUGCACUUGGUAGUCAUCUUAGGACACAUAUUGAUCAGGAAUAUCCAUGGGAAUGUUCGAUUUGUCAAGAAACUUGUUGCAGUCGGGAAAAUUUGAAAGGCCAUAUAGCUAGUCAUUCUAGCAACGGGUUAUUCCCAUGCCCCUCAUGCGAAAAGAUAUUUUCUGGGUAUUUCAGCCUUAAAAAGCACAUAGUUAAAACACAUAGGGGCUCCGGUAUGCAGUGUUCACUGUGCGAUUGUUUUUGCCGUGAUGCUCAGAUUUACAAAGAGCAUAUGCUUCGUCAUUCUGAGCAGAAGCAGCAUCCCUGUGAUCACUGUGAGAAACAGUUCACAAGAAGUGACAAACUAAAGGAACACAUUAGACGAAUGCAUGAAUGUGAAUCUUCAGAGGAGGCUUGUAAGACACUUGAAGAAAAAAUAUUGCAAAGAAAAAUAUCCUCCGAAACAAGGAUUGAAAGGAAGCUGCAAGACUUAAAUGCGCAAUACUUGUUCAAGUGUCAGCCCUGCCUUUUGGGUUUUAAGCGAAGAGGCAUGCUUGUAAAUCAUAUAGCUAAGCACCACCCUAAUAUUACACCUGAUGAGGUUCCUGAACUUAAUCUUCCAAUUAUGACAACUACUCGAGAUUUUUUUUGUCACCUGUGUGAGAAGGUUUACAAAAGCAAUGCUAAAAGAAAAGCUCACAUCAUGAAGUUUCACUCUGAAGCAGUAAAGGAGGGUAAGCAAUUGACAAACACCUCCUAUGGGCAACCUGCUGGAACAAUUGCUAAGAAACCAGAACGUUGCCCAUGGUGUCACAAGCAGUAUGCUGCAAAUGCGAAACUGUUGCAACAUAUACGGAGCCAACAUCCGGACAAGUCAAAUGAAGAGCUUCGUAAGAAAGGGAAAUCUCACAUGAACAACAUUCAAAAUAGCUCUGAGGACUGCAAAUUUUUUGAUGUUGAAAAGGCAAAUACAGCAGAGGAGUACAGCACUGAUAUUGAUUCAUGUGGAACAGAAAUGUUUGUCAUUGAACCAGCAAGUAUUGGAAUGAGUGUCGAAAUUGGGGCAGAAAUAAAAGGAGUACAGAUUGUUGAGCCAAUUACAAUGAAUGAUGAUGACGAGAUCACUUUGGCUGUGUGCCUAAUGAUGUCACACCCUAAUUUUCCACAACUUGAGGCAUCUGCAGAUGAUAUUUCAUCAAAAGAUGAUCUAUUAAAUAUUAUUGAUUUGAACCAAACUGAUGCAUGUGUUGGAGAAAUAAAAUUGCUUGAAGACACAUCUCUGACUAAAGAAGAUGUGGAUCUUCUCAUGGCAGAGUGGUUGGUCGAUUUACAAUCUGGCCCACCCUACGGUGAAAGUACUCUUCAAUUGAUUCAGAAAGAGCAUGAACAAAAAGACACUAUCAGUUUUGAGAGCAUUGAAGAUAUGCAAGAUUUGCCGGAUGCAUCAGAUCUUGUGAUCAAACCAUAUGCUGGAUCUGAUCAUCACCUAUAUGACAUAAACUCUUCAUUGACAGCUUCUCAGCAGACACCACCACCAGAAAUUGUUUAUUGUCCUUAUCCACCACAUUGAGGUAAUUUAUGAAAAACACAAUUGGUUUGAAUUUGAAAUUGUUCUCUUUUACCUGGAAAGGGUAAUAGAGUUCUCUUGGCAGUUUGCUCUGCCUUGAGUUGGAGUUUUGUUGCAUGGGUUGGAACCUAGCAACACUGAGCUUAGCAAGCUCUAAAUUUUCUUGUUGAUCUCAUUUCUCCAUGUGGGAAGAUUUGAGAAAAAGAUGCUAGUCAUCUUCUAUUGGUAAUUGAAUUAACUUACUACAUAUUUCAUAAUUGUGAGGUUGAUACUGUAGUUGUCAUUGAUUGUUUAAAAAAGGGGAUGAUAAUUUACCAUUUGUGCACAUUGCAAGGUGAUACAAUUGGUAAAUGAUUGAUCGAUAAUUAUUUUUAAAUGUCAUAUCGAACUGGUCAGGUGUAUCCAGUAGACAUUUGAUUGGAAAACUCACUAGAGUUUGCGUUUUAUCAGGUAUACUUACUUGCUAUGAAGUUCACUCUGAAAAACACAACUUUAUGAGAUAUUAGGAGUUAAAAUUUGGGUCAGGUUCUCUGACUGUUAAUUGUUGGUUUUAAAUUGAACAAUAUUUUAUUGCGAGAGAAUUGAGUCAAUCGAAAGAUUUGGUGUUGAAAAGUUUUCGGUGCGGUGAUAUAUAUUUGAUUUUCUUGGGAGAGUUAUAGUAGCCUGUUGAUACAAGAAUUUCUCCUGUAAAACUCUUGCUAACUGGAGAUUGAAUGCAAUGCAUGCCUCAUUGUGCAUUAUUGUAGUUAAUAUUUGUCAAACAAAGCUGGUCUUUGCGGACAAAUGUGUAAAGAAACAAGUACGCAAAGUACUAAUUUUUGUAGUUUUCCUCUUUAGAGUUCACUUUUAAAUUUCAUACUCUUAAUUCACUUCUUAGUUAAAGAAUUCUUUCUUUAAAACAAUUAUGUCUCAUGGUUUGAAGUUAAAGAUAAUCGAUAGAGGUGUAAGAAGUGAGAAUUGUUACAUUUAAACAAAUGAUGCUUAGUGAGAUGCAGUUCUUAAGAUAAGUAUUGCUGUGAAAACUAAGCUUUUCCACAGUUUUUUCUCUAGACGUACGACAAUGUGUACUGAUAGAUUUCUUGAAAUCCAACAUUGCUUCUACCUGACUUUAAGAUAGAGAAAUAUCUUCUUUGUUGUAGCAAUUACCCUAAGCUUUCUAAAAUUGGAUGUCAGAGAGAUUCUCUUAUUUCAAGACAUUCUCAGUUCUUGUAGUUAAGAAAGGGUCAACCCCGAAUACAUACUAAAUUCAAGUAGUAAAUUUUUUGUGUGUUGUAGGAGAGAAGGUUUUAUCCAUUUGGGAUUUAAAGCUAAAAGUUAUGUAAUGUGCUAUAUGGUAUGAUGUAACGAAUAGCAUACAAAAUGAUGUGUUCACGUUUCAAUAAAAAUAAUUGCUUCUUGAAA